AUGCCAGACAGCACCGGCGUCCUCAACGCCCUCACAAACCGUCGCUCCCACUACGGCCUCACCUCGAAAUCGCCCAUCCCCGACACAAAAAUCCAAUCGAUCAUCGCAACAAUCCUACACCGCACGCCUUCUGCAUUCAACUCGCAAUCCACCCGCAUCGUCGUCCUCCUCAAACACGAACACAUCAAAUUCUGGGACGUCGUGAAGGGCGUGCUCUACGAGCGGCUCACCGGCGAGCGAUUCGCGCACUACGCGCCCAAACUCGACAGCUUCCAGGCCGGGUACGGCACGGUGCUGUUUUACGAGGACAUGCCGACGAUUAAUUUCAUGAAGGGGACGUUCCCGACGUAUGCGGAGCAUUUUGACGACUGGUCCGAACAUACCAGUGGCAUGCACCAGUUGAUGGUGUGGAUGGCGCUGGAGGCGGAGGGGUUCGGGGCGAAUUUGCAGCAUUAUCACCCUGUUGUGGAUGAACGGGUGGCGGAGAGUUUUCGGAUACCGGGCGAGUGGAGGUUGAGGGCGCAGUUGGUGUUUGGGAUGCCUGGGGAGGGGGUGGAGUUGCCAGUCAAGGAGAAAAAGGGGAUACAUGAGACGUUGAGGGUGGUGGGGGGUGAUUUAUGA